CAGUACCAUAGCCUCCGACGACCAGAGUGAAAAAGCCACAGGGGCAAGAAGGGAAAAUGAAACGAAAUCUGACUCGAGUACAAGUUCAUCGGUGUGGAGGUUCUGUCUGAGAGCCUUGUGCGAUUCUCUGUCUUAUUUACGGCGUCGUUUCUCCUCUUCUUAGAGUCUGAUCUCUCCUUCGGUUGAGCCAGCAAAGCUUGAGAGAAAAGAGAAAGAAUGUCGAAGAAGAAAACUUUAUCAACUAUGUCCUUGAAGGACUUUCACGGCGGCUCCAUUCCGUCUGAUCUUCCUUUGCCAUCUGCACCUGGACUUGUGGUGAGCUCUGGUUCUGAGCGUAACAUGUCAACAAAUUGGGGAAACAAUCUGGUGAAGUCUGAUCUUCGUCCGAAACCCAAAUCGUUAGGUGCAGCCCGUAGUUUUGGUGAGAAAGCAUCAUUUCUCUCUCACCCUGCACCCAUCGGACAAAACUUCGAUGAGGAUGAACGUAAGCCAAUGAGUAGUGCAUUGGCUCCAAAUCGGACAAUUAGAGAUGAUAAUGUUUGCAAUAUGCACUCUUUUCAACCUGAAAUGAAGCUGGACUAUGUGUCUUCUGUGAGGAUAGCUGAUAGAUCUGUCUCAUCUCCGAGUUCAGUUGCUAGUUCAUCUCCACUGAGAGUGGGUGGAGGGAGUCAUCUCACAGUAAAUCUACCGACUCCAAUUAGUAAUGGUGGUCAGGGAAUUAAUAAUUUUAACAUACCGAGUACUAAUACUGGUCUGGGAGUUAGUAAUUCUCAACCAAAUGCUUGGGGUGUAAGAAAGGAGCCCAUGGCUGUUGAAGAAACAGUGAAGGCAUCUGUGCUGAAUGGACCAGAUGCUUUAUCAAAAAUUGCUCAAGCCAGUGCACUUGAGAAAGUUUCUUCUGGAAUGUGGCAGUCUAAGAAACCUAGCCAGCUUCUGCCACGUUUACUUAAUUCAAGUGACAAUAACAAUAAUGUGUCUGGUGUUGUGGAUGUGAUUACUGAGAGGCCUAAUUAUGAUACUUCACUGGGAAGUCAAGUUGUGACAGGUCAGAUAGUUGAAGAUGGAGCUAAGGUUGGGUUAAGGGAAUUGCCCAAAACUUAUAUAGAAGAGGUCAGGACUGGAGCUAAUAGUGUGGGGUCUUUGAUGUCAGCAGCUCCAACUCCAGAAAAAUCAGAAGGGCCUAAGUUAAAGCUACUUCCAAGAUCUGGCCCGCUGGAUAAAUCAGCAUACAAAAAUAGGCAGGGAUAUCAGCAGCCAGCACACACUAGCAUGGUUGAAUCUUUCAAAGAAUCUUACAGAAAUGCAGAUUCUUCAAAACCCAGUUUGACUGUUGCUGAUGGGGGAAGUCAAAUGAUUGAGAGGCCCAAAUUGAAUUUGAAACCACGUUCACUGCAUCUUGACCAAUUAGACAAAAGAUUUGAAAAAGAAAGGCAAACAUUAUUUGGUGGUGCUCGUCCUCGGGAAUUGGUUCUCAAGGAGCGAGGCAUAGAUGAGACUGCUAUUGGUAACCUUGCCCUGGGUCCUGCUCCUGCUCUUAACAGAGUUGACUCUCCGAGGAAUGAAGUGACAUCAGAGAGACUGAUUUCCUCCUCUGGUCACAAUUCAAAUACUGGGAAUCAUGUUCAUGGAAAGAGGACAGGACGCAAUUUGGAUAGGAAAGAGCAGCAAACAGGACCAGAUAAAAUUGAUAAUCAAGGAAGGAACUAUAGAAUUAAUAGCAGAUGGGGCAGUGGAGAUAGUGAUCAGCAGCAAGAAGAUUGGAAACCUGAACCUGAUACUUGGAGAAAGACUGAUAAAGAUUCGAAAUGGGCUUCUGAUGAUGCUUCAGGAAUCAACCAUGGGAAAUUAGUUUCUGCAUUGGAUCUUGCCCAAGCAUUUUCAAAGUCGGUCUCUGAUCCAAAGACACAAGAAGAACAUUCUACUCAAAGAGGGCUACCUGGGCAUAAUAAACAGAUGCCCUUUUCACGCCUGACAGAUGCCCCAGAACGUAAGUCGGCUCUGACAACGCAUCACAUAAGUGGUUAUUGAUUUACUGGAGAAGAGUUGGGAUUACUAGCUUGAAAAUGUGGUCAUGGGUGAUAGUAUGUUUCGAUUUAUGUUUGUCAUUGGGGCUCAUAAAUAAAAGCAUCCUUUAGCAGGAGCGGCAAAGUCUUCCCAGCAGUGCUUCUGAAUUGUACAAUAGUAAAUUCAUUAAUUUUAAAGAGAAGUACUAUGACUCGAAUGAAAUGUAAGAAAUCGCUUCAUACAAGUUCAAAUUUUUAUACGUCUGAAAUUUUAUGUUCUUUA